CGUGUUCUCUGCUGCCAUUAAGGAGAGCCAGAGACUGAGCAGAGAGCCAGAGAUUGAGCAAGGAUACCGCUGCCCCGUUACCGUCAUGAGCGCCAAGCUAAUAUUCGUGGGACUGACCAUUGGCAUAGCCAGAGCAUUACCGCAUGCCCUUCCCGACUCACCACCUAUCUACGGCGUCUCUGAAUAUGAACCACAGCCAUACCAUCCACCACCGCCUCCACCAUCCUACCAUGAAGUUGAAGAUGAACCCAAGAAACCCUACGCUUUCGACUACGGCGUGAAGGACGACUACUCCGGGGCCAACUUCAACCACGCCGAGAACUCAGACGGGAGCUCCGUGUCGGGAUCUUACAAAGUGUUCCUUCCCGACGGUCGCGUACAAACCGUCAAUUACGUUGCUGACCAUUACAACGGGUACCAUGCACAGGUCACUUACGAGGGCGAGGCACAAUACCCAGAAGCAAAGCCUUACGUUCCUCCCCAACCAUCUUACCCAGCGCCCCCUCAAUACCCCGUUGAACCACCACCACCACAGUACCCUGUGGAGCUACCACCACCACCACAGUACCCAGUGGAGCUCCCACCGCCACCACCAUCAUACCCCGAAGAGGCGAUUCCAAUUUAUAGCAACUAAACUUAUCUCGAAAACGGACGACUUGCAAGGACUCCCGAAGAUGCACUCUUGGUCAAGAGUGAAGGAAAUGUCGCUUCCGCUUUGCCACUUAGCUAAAGCAAUUGAUCCCAGUGUUUCAGGAGACGACUGAAACCGAACUUCCUUCAAAACGAGAUCUUUUCUUCUACGGAGUGUUGCUAGAUAUUUGGAGUCUACAUGUGUGAACAUUCGCCUCCUCCUGUUGUUAGCCAUCUCAUCAUCCAUUUAGUGAAGCUCGCCGGGCGAGCUCAGACUAGUCAUCCAUACAUCGUGCCAUUUAAGCACGCAGUGCUUGUUCAUCAAAUAUACACAAUAAUACCGUUAGCAUCUCAUUUCAUUUUCAUUCGUUGUUAAAAUGUACAAAAAUACCAGGACUGAACCAAAGGAAGAGAAAUUAAAAAUAAGGCGGGUCAGUCGAUUGUAAAAAGGGUGUUUAGGUACUUCUUAAUAAAUACAUGCAUAGUUGAAAAUAUCUUUAAAAUAAUUUAAAAUAUCUAGUUAAAAUGGUGUAAAAGAGAACAACAGCAAAAGAAUCACACUUAUACAGAAUCAUAUACCAUGUCAAAAUAUUAAUUUACGUGACUUACAUGCAGUCAUCCCGAAUUUAAUUCUCAAAAAUUCUGCAAGUAAUGAAACACGAUGAUCAUCAUUAAAUCGAAUCUGCUGUCAUGAAUUCCCUUAAAUUUUUCAUGAGAAAACACCCCUUGGAUGUAAUUUGGACUUGUAAUGUGUACUCUUGUAUUCUUGCCAUAAAAACAAUAUUAUUCACCA